UCAGUGACCCACCAAAAAUGGCCUCUUGGAAGAAGACUAUCACAACCCCAUUCAAAAAAGCCCGCACUUUCUUCAAUCAUCAGCCUCCAAGGGAAUCUCCAAACAAGUCUCAGUCAGAGCAAGAGAACAGAGGAAUGGAUCUUCAAGGUGAAGUCAUGGCUUGUGGUUAUGAAGAUGUCCAAGUGAUGUGGUCUAUUCUGGACAAGUCCAAAUCUAAUGCCUCCUGCAAUAUCAGCACUUCCUGAUCUAUUUGAUGAUCCUACGCAGAAGAACAGAUUCCCACCAAGCAAUUAGCAGAUGUUUUAGUGUGCUGAUGUUUAGGUCAUAGAUUGCAUCAUACCAUCUUUUCUAAGCUAGCUACUUAUAUAACUAGCUUUUGAAUGUGAUAUGAAUGAACUUUUCUCUGUAAAAAUAGGGAGCAAAUAAAAGAAAAGAGAAGGAUGAUGUUCUGGUGUUCUUGGGGUACGUGGCAGUUUCUGUCUGUAUUUUCCGUUAGGAUGUUUACAAUAGGGAAUCCCCAUGAUUGACAAGCAAAAAUCAUGGUGAGAUUUUUUUUUUUUUAAUGAAAGCUAGAUUUUUUUUUCAUUUAAUUUUUUUUUGGCUCUUUUUCUAAUUUGUUUCCUUCCAUCAUCUGCUUGCUUUCUGUCUCUGCCCUUAUCUCUUGGGUAUGGUCUAUGAGGAAGAAGAAGGAAGAUAGGAUUCCAUGGGAUCCCACCUUGCAUGAUUGAAAUGAAUAUUGUACUGUUAGUUGAUGUUGACGUGAUUCUAUAGUUCUUUUCCUCA